CGUCAGGGUGCCAACCAACAACUGCGGCCGUUCGACGUGUUCGGGAGCCCGCCGAAAGACCCCGUAUCAAUUGCAAAAAUGUCUGGGUCUGGAAAGACCCAAGGUUUGUCAUGCUUGUCGGACAUGCCUCUCAAGUCUGUCAUGCACGACAUUACCCAAAACCAAAAGCCCCACUUUUCUAUCAUGCAGAAGCCCGCUUUGUCAUGCAGAAAAGCCAAGACUGUAGCACCUCCAAAACUUGUCAUGCUUGCCAGUCAAAUGAGGCGUCCUCGUAUUUCGCAACCAGCAUUACAAGUUUGCAGACCCAGGCAUAUUUGCAAUGCAUACCCUGGAGGUGGUCACGACCGCGACAGUACCACGUUUCAGCCCGGGGUCGACGGUCCCGGCAGCGCGACAUCUACUUCCGGGGGGCCGAAAAUAAACCCACUGCCGCCCCCGGUUCCGCAAAAUUACUAUGAUCCCACUUCGGCUCCACCAAUUACAGCUCCAACUGCCCCUCCGUCUGAUGUUGUUGUUGUUCCGACUCCAGGUGGACUAGCUGCUCCUACACCAUCAACUGUGCCGGGUCAUGGCAACAUGCCGGCAAGUUCCAGCACACUAGUUGCCCCGACGACUUCGUCGACUCCGAGGACCAGCAACACACCCGCGCUUCCAUCCGCGAGUUCAUCGGGAGACGAGGGAACAAAUCCAUCAGAACUUCUACCCAGCGUGCCAGCCGGCGGCGUAGAGGGCCACGACGGGUUGGGUAGUUCAACAGUGUCGUCCGAAGUGACAACCAGUACAUCUUCACAAGUUGUACAGCAGCCUACUAGUACACCAGAUUCAGGAGCUGCAGUGGUCGCGCCAGGUGGAACUACUACCUUCGCUGCAGAGCCAUCGGCGUCUGGUUCGGCGCAGGGCCACGUAGUAGCAGAGGUCCCUUCGACUCACCGGGCCGAAACGCAGUCGAGCGCUGCUGUGUCGCAGCAAGGGACUACAACUUUGGACCCUACCCACGACCGUAGUGCACAUCAACCAAGCAGCUCGGAAGGUGUCACGAGGACUCAGCCACCGGCUGAUGGAGCAAAUGCCGAC